ACAACUGCGGUCCUACACCUAUUAUCUCACAGCUAUUGCCCUGCUGCACUUUCAUACGCUGUCGGUCUCUUUUAAACAAGUACUCGGCCAUUUUUCGCGACUUCAGUUCCCUCUCUCUGCAAACCGUUGUGUUUUUAGAUUUUGCAUCGAGUGAAUUUUCCGGGACAGACCGUAGCAGGCGGUACUGAGUGGGCCAUGGCCUUCCUUGGGAGCACGGUUCGGCGGGUGGUGUCGGCAGUGCGGCCUCCUCUCUCUCCCUUGUGCCGGACAAGCGCUCGGUCCUACAGCUCAGAGCCCACCACGGAAAAAAGUGUCCCUUAUGAAAAGACACUCAAACAAAAUGAAGGAACCUCGUCUGGACCCACUAAACCUUUACCCAGGUCAGCAGAUGUGGUGGUGAUCGGAGGAGGCAGUCUGGGCUGUCAGACCAUCUACCACUUGGCUAAAAUGGGGCUGACCAACGCAGUUCUGCUGGAGAGGGACAGACUGACUGCUGGCACCACCUGGCACACUGCAGGCCUGCUGUGGCAGCUCCGUCCCAGUGAUGUCGAGGUAGAGCUCUUGGCCCACACCAGAAAUGUGAUCAGCAAAGACCUGGAAGAGGAGACAGGCCUCCACACAGGCUGGAUCCAGAAUGGAGGACUCUUCAUUGCUUCCAACAAGCAGAGGCUGGAUGAGUACAAGCGCCUCAUGUCGCUGGGUAAAGUUUACGGUAUCGAGUCCCAUGUCCUGUCACCUGCGGAGACCAAAGACCUGUAUCCUCUGAUGAACAUCGAUGAUCUUUAUGGAACCUUGUACGUACCAAAAGACGGCACCAUGGACCCAGCAGGCACCUGCACCACGCUGACCAGAGCUGCCUCCGCCAGGGGAGCCACGGUGAUCGAGAACUGCCCUGUGACUGGUAUCCAAGUGCGGACAGAUGACUUUGGCAUGAAGAGGGUGAAGGCAGUGGAGACCCCUCAUGGGACCAUUGAGACGCCUUGUGUUGUGAACUGUGCAGGUGUGUGGGCCACCAAGCUGGGGGAAAUGGCUGGAGUCAAGGUGCCUCUUAUCGCCAUGCAUCAUGCCUAUGUGGUGACAGAGAGAAUUGAAGGCAUACAGAACAUGCCAAACGUCCGGGACCACGAUGCCUCAGUGUACCUGCGGCUCCAAGGUGACGCCCUAUCUGUGGGUGGUUACGAAGCCAACCCCAUCUUCUGGGAUGAGGUGUCUGAUAAGUUUGCCUUCAGCCUGUUUGACCUGGACUGGGAUGUAUUCAUGCAACAUAUCGAGGGGGCAAUCAACAGAGUUCCUGUCCUGGAGCAGACUGGCAUCAAGUCUACUGUGUGUGGACCAGAAUCAUUCACAGCCGACCAUAAACCGCUGAUGGGAGAAGCCCCAGAGGUCAGAGGUUUCUUCCUGGGCUGCGGCUUUAACAGUGCUGGCAUGAUGAUGGGAGGUGGCUGUGGUAGAGAGCUGGCUCACUGGAUCAUACAUGGCCGCCCUGAGAAGGAUAUGUACGGCUAUGACAUCAGGCGUUUCCAUCACUCACUGACAGACAAUGCAAAAUGGAUCAGAGAGAGAAGCCACGAGUCGUAUGCUAAAAACUACUCUGUGGUGUUCCCCUUUGAUGAGCCGCUGGCCAGCCGAAACAUGAGGAAGGACCCGUUCCAUCAGGUGCUGACGGAGCAGGGCUGUGUGUUCCAGGAGAGACAUGGCUGGGAGAGACCUGGCUGGUUCAACAAAGACGGGCCCGCCCCUGUUAAAGACUACGAUUACUAUGGAGCGUAUGACAUUAAGAAGAAUAUGAACUACAAAUACAACGAAUUGCUGGGAAAAGAGUACACCUUUGACUUCCCUCCACAUCAUGACGUGAUAAAGAGUGAGUGCCUCUCAUGUAGACACGGUGUGGCAGUGUUUGACAUGUCCUACUUUGGAAAGUUCUAUCUCACUGGACCAGAUGCCAAGAAGGCGGCUGAUUGGCUGUUCACUGCUGAUGUCAACAAGAAGCCAGGCUCCACUGUGUAUACCUGCAUGCUGAAUAAGAGAGGAGGGGCUGAGGCUGACCUGACAGUGAGCAGACUGGAGCCCGGUGCUGCCAACCUGCCCCUGGCACCGCAGUCCAAUGGGGAUGCAUACUACCUGGCCAUCGGAGGCGGUGUAGCAGAACACAACUGGAACCACAUCAGAACAACUCUUCAGGACCGAGGCUUCCACUGCCAGCUGACAGACCACUCUGAGGACAUGGGGAUGAUCAGCAUCCAGGGACCCAAGAGUCGAGAAGUGCUUCAAGAAGUGUUGGACACAGACCUGAGCAACGAAGCUUUCCCCUUCUCUACCCAUAAAGUUUGUAACGCAGCAGGGCAUCAGGUGCGAGCGAUGCGUCUGUCAUUUGUCGGAGAGCUCGGCUGGGAGUUGCACAUUCCCAAAGAUUCUUGCCUUCCAGUCUACCAGGCUGUCAUGGCUGCUGGUGCAAAACACGGCAUCAUCAACUCAGGCUACAGAGCCAUCGACUCACUCAGCAUAGAGAAAGGCUACAGACAUUGGCACGCUGACCUUCGCCCAGAUGACACCCCCUUGGAGUCGGGGCUCGGCUUCACUUGCAAACUGAAGAGCUCGAUUCCGUUCCAGGGCCGUGAUAGGCUGGAGAAACAGAAGGAGGAGGGGCUGAGGAGGCGCAUCGUCUGCUUCACCAUUGAUGAGAAAGUACCGAUGUUCGGUCUGGAGGCCAUUUUCCGUAAUGGCAUCCCUGUGGGUCAUAUACGGCGUUCUGACUAUGGCUUCUUUAUCGACAAAACUAUUGGUUAUGGAUAUAUCCGCAAUCCUGAUGGAGGAGUGGUGAGCGCCGAUUUCAUAAAGAGCGGCGAGUUCACCCUGGAGAGGAUGGGAGUGGCAUUCAAGGCCAAGGCCCACCUCAAAUCUCCAUUUGACCCUGAGAAUAAACGCGUCAAGGGCAUUUAUGCUUGAGAAGGACCACACAUGAAAACUGAAGAAAACACACGCUCUGGCUGGAGAAUCAGGCUGUAUGAGGUGCAGUUGUAAAUUGUUUUACAUGCAGAUGCAGCUGUUCUAGUCUUAAUCUCCUUGUAAAAAACUAUGCAUCUUGAAACUGACAAUUUUAUAAAGAUUAUAUCUGUGAUUUGAUGGAACUGUGAGGGAUGAGAUGUAACUUUUGUAGAUGGCCCAAAAUCUAUAUCGAGACAUAAAAGAGCUGAUUUUAAUCUGGUAUGAAUGAUUUGUUGUGGAGCUCUGAGUUAAACACUGUGCUCCUGUGAAUGCUCUCAUGUGAAUAGUGUAAUUAUGAAGACAAAUUCAAGAGGUAUCUUAUUAUCUGCAGUAAUCAAAUUAGAGUUACCAGUACACCUGGGUAAACUGGAAAAAAAGACACAUUUGUGUUCCAGCUAUCUUUGAAUAAGCCUGCGCUUUUCCUCGAUUAGUUUUAAAGAACUCAAAUAACAGCACAUGAUCAGUCUUUAGUUUUAGAAAUAGAAAUUAAACUUAACAACCGUUGCUCUUUUUUAAACAAUCAGCAGUCAGAUAAAGCUAAUUUAGGAUGUCGAAGCCUUAACACUUGAUAACUCAGGAAGUCUAAUCUUUUUGAAGAGCUAGCAGCUAUAACAGCAGUAAACAUUAGGGUUAAUAUAAUAACCAUGUUUAUAGGUAUGAUGGCAAUGUGUUAUAUAAAGCACAGACAGCAAAUUAUGAUGAUAAGGGCUAACAACAAUUACAGAUGCAUGUGUGUGAGAAGUAAAUAUCCUAAAUUCUCAAUUAGUGGGCAGAGCCUUUGUGUACAAAUGCUCAAGAUAAAAACUACUGCAUGUCUUAGGCUGAUAAUAGAGUCAAGCAAUUAAUUCUAAUUUCAUCUUUAUUAGGGCUGCUGGAACUUAAUAUUUGACUAUUUGUAUAUG